AUGUUGACCAAGCUUCCAGAGGUUCUACGCGGAUUCCCGAGUCAGUCCCCCCCGUGCUCGUACCGGCAGCCCAUUGCCAGCUUAUCGGCGGCCGUGGCCCAGACGGGACAAAGGAGAACAUGGAAGCUUAGGCUGUUUAAAAUGACGAGUGGAGGCUGGGAGUCAUUGGGCGGAACGAAGGAGAGUGACCGGCCGGGCCGUGCGAGCAGCCGCCGAGCCGCACGGCCGCCCAAGUACCGCUACGAGCACUACUCGUACUGGGAAAGCCAGGCCAAGCGUAGGCCCGCUGCCAGCCCUGGUGGCUGCCGAACAUUUCUGUCCGCCACUAGCGCAGGCCGGUCGACGGGUCUGCAAUUUCAGGCCCACUCGCUUAAGGCCCGCACAGACCACGCAGGGGCCCACCGCGCCCCCGGCAACCCAAAAAAGAGAGCGCCAGAGCUCCAGAGUCUCAGGGCAUUCACUGCUCCGGUUAGCGCUAGCGGGCGCCAGAGCUCAGUGAGCUGCUCCCGCCGUGGCGUCACUGGCGAUGGCACAAGACGGCACUGGCACUGCAUUGUCAGAGUCGUGCUGGUUGGGUUGAGCCACUGUACGGCACUCGACUGCUACUGUACGAGUACCUACACAACUACAGUACAGCUGCUAUCCAUCCACGCAUUUUUGAUGGAUGGCCCUCUGCAGGGUUUCUGA